AUGCGUCCUCUGGCGCCGUCCUAUUACCCACAUCAUCGUCCUCUUUGCGCUCUGACGUUGGGUCUCUCACUCGUCGCGGUCGUGUCGGCACGAUUGCAGCGGCACCGCGGUGGGCAUUUGGGCUCUCCAAGCCCUCCGCACGGUUCGCAUUUUAGCUCGCGUUCCGCUUCGGGGCCCGAGCCAAUAUGUCUCUUUUGCAACGAGCGGACUCCCAAUGUCGCCAAUGGUCCCGGCGAACUCUUCCCCACCGGUAGCGGCAGUGACGACCUAUCGCGUAUUAUGGGCUCUCUGGAUCUGGUGGAGUUGUGCUCUCAGCAGCAGGAUGGCGGCAGCAGCAACGAUCCUCGAAUCGCCUUGGCGCGCUCAAUCUUUUGCGGUGAUGGUCACGGCGACGCCGCGGAUAAAAAGAGCGCUACCUCGCUCGGCGUGGAUCCCGGCCCGGGAGCUGUCGUUGGUGCUGGCACCAACAGCACGAACGCUAGCGCUGCUGUAGUGGAGCGGAUGGUUCAUGUAGGCGGAAGUGGAGGGUCUAUCAGUCAGCGUUCCUCCUCUGACCUCAAGAUAUCUGGUAUUAACGCAGGGGACGGAGUUGUUGCGGUCCCUGUCCUUGGUGCUCUUGGACUCGAGAAUGCGACGAAUGGACGCGCCAUUUUUGUGCGCGCCAACUCCUCUGCUUCUGCUUCUGUGGUUCUCGAGCUGGCUGGCGUCGACGGAACGCUUGGAAAUGCUACCCGUCUCCUCUCUUCUGAGGUUGCUGCUGCCGAGAACGGGGUGCUGGGACAUGCUGGUUCUGUACCUACCCUCAUCGCUACCUCAGAGGACAAGCUGUCGCACACUGGUAUCAACCUGACUCGUAUCGCUGGCAACGUCAGCUCUCUUAAUGUCACAUCCGUUGCCAAUAUUCUAGGACAUGUCAAAGACGAUCUACCUGGUGCUCCGGUGGCAGGCACUCUGACUGGGGCCAUUGGUAGGGAUGGUUCUCCCUCCUCAUCUCGCGUCGCGUUUACUGUGACUGAAGCUUUGGGAAACGGGGCUCCUCUGCGUGAGCUGAAUGCACUCGGAACCGACGCUACCUCUGAAGCUCAUUCCGCCACCAGACCUCAAAGCACGGGAAAUAUCGGCGCCUCCCAGGCGGACUCUACCUCUCCUGCAUCGAACCCAGGUUCGAGUCCAUAUUCCGGCAAUGUUGGGAAUGCAGCGGCUACCAUCCCCAGUACGUCCGGAAGUACUCCCGACGCAGGUUUCGGGGCAUCACCUCCUCCGGAUCGAGGGCAGGAGCAAGGGCAAGGCAUUCCGGUUCCAGUGACAGAUGAUGACUCUUCGACCGUUGAUCCUGACCUGACCUCCCCGUCUUCAAACGAAUCAUCUCGCGAGCCGACGUCUAAUCUCAGCGACCAUCCCUCCUACCCUCCCAGCGAUCCAUCCUACCCUCAUUCUAGCGGUACUGGUGGCGCAAAGUACAGAACAAAGCAUACACACACUCUCACAGACGACCACUCUCGCAAGCACUCGUACAAGGAGCUGGACGACGACACGGUCGAGCGCACGCACAGGACCGAGAGCGAAUGGGCCCUUGCCGGUGGGCUUGCCAAGGGCAGGCACACGAGCGAGGACGACGUCUCGCGGCACCGGAAACACGCUGCGUUCUUGGGAGAUAUUCUUGAGGACAAAUACUCGGAGAAAGAGGACGAAGAGGGCGAAGGCGAAGGCGAGGACGCGAAGGCGUCUCAGCAACACGGAGAGGGAGGAGACGAAGACGAACACCCUCCUUCCGAAGGGGCAGAUGACUCGCGAUCGGGCUCUGCACGGGCAGGUAGGCGAAAAGGAGAAGAGCACAUCUCGCACAAGCAACUGCACAACACCACUGCGACGGAGGACGAGGAGGACACGAGCAAGGGAAACGACGAGGACGGAGCCUCUGGAAGGCGGGUUCAAAGCGUUUCAGCUAACAGUUCCUAAAUAUUAAACCAUGUACUUUGGUCUCAUGCCCCGUAAUGACCAGGCCUGAC